CCAUGAGAGUGGGGCACUGCAGCAGGCCCCAGCCCAGACAACCUGUCCCCAAGCUUGGUCUCAUGCCUGCCCCCUUGUCUUACAGAGACAACCCGACAUGGAGAACUGCACCAAAGACAACAACAUGCGGAGUGGCAUUGCGCUGUUUCAACUUACAGUCUACAUCCCAGUGCUCUCUUUGGGGAUCCCACUGAACACAAUUGCCUUCUGGGUCUUCUGCUGCAAACUCAAGAGGUGGACCGAGACCAGGGUGUACAUGAUCAACCUCAUAGUCGCAGACAGUUUCCUGCUCUUUGCCCUGCCUUUCUUGAUAUAUUUCACCAUGUAUGAGCAUCCCAUAGACAACCUGUGUUUCGCCAUACAAAGGAUCUACUUUACAAACAUGCCUAAGAGCAUCCUGAUCAUCACCCUGAUAGCUAUUGAUCGAUACAUUGCCAUCAAGUUCCCUCUAAAAGCAAAGAUUCUUCGAUCCCCACUGAAAUCAGCUUCCACCUGUGGGGCUCUUUGGAUAAUACUAAUGAUUUAUUCCUACUUGAGUCCACAAUUUCAUAACAAAAAGGAAAAAUUCUGCUUUCGGAAACAGUCUACUCAACCUAGUUACACAGCACUGGUGUCCAUCAUCUUUGGCUAUUUUAUUCCCUUAGUGAUUGUGACUUUUUGCUCAGUACAAGUCAUCAGAUGUCUCAAGAAGAAGACGGUCACGAGUCCUCAUGAGACAAAAUUAAUCCAGAGAGCAAUCCGCAUUAUUUCUGUGAAUCUGUGUGUGUUCACCGUAUGUUUUGCACCCUUCUACAUCGCCGUGCUCUUGCGGUUUGCAGUGGAUGUUGCUGGAGCUUGUUCUCUGCUCUCGAAAGUUAGCGCCUGUGUUCACAUCUGUGCAUGCUUAGCAAACUCUAACUGCUGUUUGGAUGCAUUUUGCUAUUACUUUGCAGCUACAGAACUUCAAGAGUUUCCUUCUCUGUUCCCCACUUGCCUGUCGAUGAGGUGCAAGGUGAACCAAAGCCAAGAAUCCUCGUCACCCACAGGUCAAGUCAUGACAUGAACAAGGUGUAGCACACUACAGGUAUUCAGAGCCACAGGGCUGCUGAAGUUUUGAGGCAGAGGGAAUAGGACCAUCUACAGUAUUUGCAAUCAUUGUAGCUACAGGCAUACGUGCAAAAAGGGGCAAUCCCUUCCAAGGGGUCUGAUAUUAACUUGAAUUUUGUCCUUCUGUCCUCAGUGACUUGACUCCAGCAUUGAC